UGCCAUGGUAGAUACCAAUUUGUUUAUGAUACUAUACCACUUUUGAGAUGGGCCUUAUUAAUAGGUUUACAAAACUGUUAACCUGUAGUCUCAACCUAUAGCCAUUUGUUUAGCAACCAUUGGAAGUUACAACUGCAGUGAAAAAAGUAAGUUGCAACUUGUACUUAUGAACUUUGCAGCCUUCCCAUGGUCACAAGAUCAAAAUUAGAGUGCUUGGCAACUGGCAUUAUUUACAAUGGUUGCAGCAUCCCAGGGUCAUGUGUUUGCUGUUUGCAGCCUUCCCAACUGGCUUCCGAUAAGCAUAGUCAAUGGGGGAAGCCAGAUUAGUUUACUGACUGCAUUCUUCGCUUAACAACUGCAGUGAUUUGUUUAACGUUCAUGGCAAAAAGGUUACAAUGAAUGUUGAACAUGAAAUCAACCUGUUAGUUGAAGAAAUUCGACGGCUGGGGACCAAAAAUCCUGAUGGGACUUUGAGUGUGAAGUUUGGAGUGCUGUUUGCGGAUGAGAAAUGUGCCAAUCUUUUUGAGGCUUUGGUGGGAACCCUGAAAGCUGCAAAACGACGGAAGAUAGUUAAUUAUCCUGGCGAACUGCUUUUGCAAGGAGUUCAUGACAAUGUUGAUAUCUUGUUAUUGCAGGAUUAGUUACUUUCCUAGCAAAUGGCAUUUUCAUUAGGUAUCUAUAUGUAACUCAGAUCAAGAUGCAUUUGAUUGAAAGUAUAUCUUCCUAUUUAUCUUUAUAGAAUUAUAUAAAAAAAAUUCUCCGAAGGCCUUUUAAAAAAUUAUUUUCUGAAACCCCUGCUACAUAGUUUGUUGGGCCUUUUUUUGGCGGGGGGUGGGAUUUGGAAAUUACAGUCUCAUAUGUCUGAAAUGUUGUUGAACUCUGGAAUUCCUUACAAAUUAUCAAUAUCAACAACCUAAACCUUGCUACAAACUUCCAAUUUAUGGGGAUUCUGUGAUUUCUUUGCAAGAAUCAAAAAUUAUUCCGGCCAAAUGAAGCAUUCAAGCUGGUAGUUUCAUCUGAAACUGAAUAUUUGAUAUGGUCUUUUUAUGCAAUGCUUGAAACAUAGGUUUUUCAUGUGACACUUUCUGAACUGUGAUACUUCGGAGUAACUGGAAAGUUAUAAAAGCAAUGGCAGGCAGAGGAAUUCUCUUGCAUUUUUUUAAGUGUAUUCUCAUUGAUGAAGGAGAGAAUGUUAUGGAAAUCAUUUCAAAGAAGAAAAUAAUGUAAGAGAAAUGUGUCAUUAGUGUGUUAUUUUUCACUUAGUUAUAAAGUGACCAAGACAAAGUAUUUUGUCUUUUAUUAUUACAAUAAUUUCUCCAGCUAUCAGCAAAUCAGACAUAGAUUAAAUUCUGAGGAAAUACUCAAAAGGAUAUUCGGAUAUUUUCUUUGGCAGUAUUUCAUUGCUAAAUGGGAGUCUUGCUGUUGAGAAAUUGUCCAUCCAGUUUCGCCUCCCACAAAUUUGAGAAUCUCAAAAGACCAUUUGUGUCUAAUUCAUAUAAUAUUCCUUUUCUCAGGGUAAAGUUAGAGAAGUGGGAGGACAGUCCUUCUAUUUCUCAGAUUCCAGUUUCUCUAUGUCUAUUACUUGUUGAUGAUGCCCUUCUGGGAAAUGGGUGUACCUUAAACAAACUCUGUAGAUCACUUUAGAAAGCACUAAGUAUUAUCCAAACUGCUGUUAACACAAGUUCAUUCUUUUUCUAUUUGGUCGGUUUGAGAAAGAAGUGGAAUAGGGUGUGAGAAAUGCUCACCUGAACCCUUUCUGGCAGGCAUCAGGGAAGGAACACUUGAAAAAUAGAAUAUGACAUAAAAUGAGAAGAACAGGAAGAUUGCCUCAUAGAGGACAUGAACAUGCAAAAUUGGUAGAAUUGUACAAGACUAUCUCACAAAGGUCCAUUCUUUUAGUUUUUUACAAGAUGAUUGAAGUGCACUUCUCAUUAUUAUAAUUCAUCUAGGAAAUUAGCAAAUCAAUUCUUUCUCCUCUUCCCUCUCCACUCCUACCCAAUACUUGAGAAUUAAAGACUGUUUAAAUGGCAACAAUGGUGUCAUAAUACAUUGUUUUUUAGCUCUUAUUCUAUGCAUUCUAUUCUAUUCUUUGCAUGAUCCUUUUGUGUCUAAUUGAUACAGUGGCUAGCUGGUCUUCCUUAGAAGUCCCUAAAGGGCUUCAAAGUAAAAUACUUUAUCAAUAAAUAAAAAUGUGGGAAUUAUUUUUAGCCAUAUCAUUCUGUGAAAAAAAUGCCUUUAAUUAAAUAAACAUUUCAUGUACACCAAGAAAAUUUGGUCUCAAAUACAUAUUUUUGGUAAAUAAAUAUUUCCAAUUCUC